AUGGACGCACACGCCAUCUGCCGCAAAUUUAAAAUUAUGAACCAACCUGUCAUCCUUUAUGCCUUAGAACGGCGCCAAAACGGCGCCAAGAAUGUGUUUCUCACUAAGUCAGAUGUAGAGGGCAUCAUCCGGAUCAAGCAGGGCGACCAGCAGGCGCCCUCAGGCCGGCGGCGGCGGGGUGCGGGAGGGGGGGCGGCAGUGCAGGGCGGCACCAAGAACUACAGCAAGAAGGUGCUGCAGUUCUUCCAGGUGCUGAAGGGCGCUGGCGGUCAGGACAUCCUGUGCCGCUGCGUCAAGCGCAGCGGAGAGUGGCGGUGGUGCCCCGUGGUGCCGCUCGAGGAGCUGCCCCGAGUGAUCAAGGAGCACCACGAGCGGGCGACUGGCUUCAGCGGUGUGGAGAAGCUGUACACACAUCGCAGGCCAAAGGGCGAGCCCAAGGACUUUGCUGUGGGCGAUGACGUGCUGCUGCUGCCGCCGAAGCGCGGCAAAGUGGGCAAGCAGCUGGGCCGCAACCGCAUCGUGUGCCGCGUGGUGGAGAUCAAGCGGCCCUUUGGCGUGACCAUGUACCGGCUGCGGAGCGGAGCUGGAGUGGUGGAGGGUAUGCAUCAGGCCAGCAGGCUAUCUAAGGCGCCACCCAGCCUGGCCAGCGAGCUGACCUUCAGCGGCACGGCGCAGCGAGGAGUGCCUGUGGUGUCUCUCAAUGUGGCGAUGGCGGCGCAGCCCGGCGGCGGCAAGGCAGCCCUGCAAGAAGAAUGGUGCGCGGUGUGGGCGGCACUGUGGCUGUAUAACCGGUAAGGGUGGCAAUUGCAAGAACCAUUGAAAAAGUGUGCCUUGUACGCUUUGCCGUCUCCGCUGGAAGGUGCUGCCGCCUGUGGCGGCUUUAUAUUUCCUGUUCAUUUCUGUUGUUCGGUCUCUCUGUUCGUGUUGGUUGGCUUGUAAGAGUUGUAUUUC